AUGGCAAAAAUACUAUUCGGACAGAGAGCAGUUAAAAAAGAGAAGAAAGAGACUCAGGAUGUAGUGUACCCCCAUGGGACACAUGUCUUAGGGGCAUUCUACAUGGAGAGAGAAGACUCAAUUAGGUUCAAGCUACCAAAUGGCCGUCUGGGGGUUGUCUUAAAAAGAGGACUUGAGAAUGACAUUGAAGGCAGCAACCAAACACUCCCAAAGAAAAUGGUUAAAGAAUUUAAGAAAGAUAUUUAUGUUGAGCUACUUGUCCAAGGGGCAACUGACUCAGGAUACGAGUGCACAAUAUUCACACAGAAGACACUCAAGGCCAGCUCAAUUGUCACUGGUAUAAUUGAAGGAGAAGAAGAAGUAGGAUACACAGUCUCACUGGGUAUGCCUGGAAAGACAGCCUUAUUAAAGACAAGCAAGAAAUACUCAGAGGGUGAACUGGGUACGUUCCAAGUCACUGCAGUCACGCCUUCUACGUAUAUGCUUACUGACGAGCUAGACAGAGAGAUAUACGUUGGAGAGAGGGCUACUAUAUCGCCUGGUAUUAUAGUGCGGACUAAUAUUACGGGUAGACCAAAAUAUGUUCUUGGGGAUAUUCGGCCAAAAUACACAAGCAUGCACUACUCGUACACUGCAGAUGGAAUGUCCAUAGGCAGCAUGAUAGUUGAAAGCAAGGAAGAAUUAUCUGAGGAUGACGAGCAGACGUCAAUUAUUGUCUUUGUCUCAGAGGAUAAAACCCUGAUACACGCAGUGCCAAUUGAAGAGUACGCCCAGGAGAUACAUAAGAGCCUUCCCUCCCCAGAUUUAGUUGGGCAGGUAUUUAUGGGAGAGGCAGAAGACAUUAGGCCAUCCGGUCUUUCAACAAUUCGUCUGGAGACAGGUUUGCUUGCUGUUAUGUACGAAGAGCACUACUCUGACAUCGCCAGGAAAGGGUCAAAGCCAUCUUUUGAGAUUGGGGAAAGGAUCCAGGUGUGCGUGUACAUGGUAAAUGGGUAUUCUGUUGUGGUUUCAGCAAAGAACGCACUUAUAAAGGCCCCUAAGCCAGAACUUCCACUGAAGGUGGGCUCCUGUGUUGUAGGCAUUGUCAAGCGAGUUACGCCUGUGUUUUUGGUGUGCGAAACAUUUGGAGGUGCCUGCAUUUCUGUUGGGCGCAUGAGCGGAGAUGAAGACUCUGAUAUAGGCGCAAUUAAGUAUAUUAAGGUAAGAAAGCUUCCAAAGGAGGAGGGCAUGAACCUUAGAGGAUCUGCAAUUACUAAGGAAGAGUUCUUAAACCCAAAGAAGCGCAAGGAGAAUAAAGAAAACAAAGAAAACUCCGAGAAAGAAAAUAUCAAGAAGACCAAGGAGAAGAAGAAGCCAAGGACACCAGAAGAGCUUGAAGCACUGCGCGUAAAAGAAGAAGCCAUAAAGAUGAAAAAUAUUCAAAAGUUCAAAAAUGGAGAUGUUGCAACAGGUGUUAUAACACACAUAUACAAAUACGGAGCAUUCGCCACGAUUGCACCACAUCUGUCAGCACGUAUCCAGAUAGGUGAAAUCAGCAGCAGAUUUGUCCAGGACUGGGCAACCCUUGUGCACGUCGGCCAGAGAGUGCGAAUUGUUCUCUUUGACAUUGACUAUGAGGCUGGGAAAGUAGAGGGCUCCAUCAAGAAGUACGAAGUACUGAAUACAAUUGAAGCUGCUCCUGCAGAAGAAACACAGCACGUUCUGGACUGCACUGCAGAAGAUGGGCCACUAGUGUACAACGAAGAAGAAGACGAAGAGACUGAAGAGGAAAGCUCAGAAGAAGAUGAAGAUCUUAAGAUGGAGCUAUUCAACAGCAAGGAUGGAAUUGAGCCAUGGAAAAAGCGCAUGCAGAACAUGCAGCCAGAAGGCCUUCUCAGGAUAUACAACAAGGCAAUCAACUACCUGCAGUCACUUAACUCCAAGAAGCAGAUCUGUCUUGUAUACGUAGCACUCCUUGGAGAGGUUAAUGCCCCCAUUAAGCCAGAGUACUUAGAGCCGUUGGAGGAAGGCGUGCGAAGAGAUGGAAGUGUUUUCCUCAAGCAAUCAAUAGACACAGUAAGAUCCGGAAAGAACAGAGAUUUAUACAAGCACCUCUGCCUGCGGUACAUAAAGGAAAGAAGCGAGUCUCCAUUCGGAUACAAAGAGCUGAUUAAUUAUGCUAAUAUGGAGAAGAGCCUUGACCAGAUCAGAAGCAUACCAGAAAUACUUGCCCAUGCAGAGAUGAAGCAAGCAGAUAGAAAGUCUGUGGAUGUUUGCUACAUUGAGACACUCUACCGUCUCUCAAAGGUUGAAGGGCGGUCUGCAAUUGAGAAGCAGAUAGCUGGAAUUCAGAACAAGAGCAAGGAAGAGUGGGUUAUUAAGUAUAUCACGCUUGAAAUGGGAAGCAUUGAGAAGAGCGCAGAUAUCGCGUACACUAGAAAUGUUCUUCAUAAAUCAGUGCACUCAACAGACCUAGCAGAGGAGGCCAUUAAGAGUCUCUUUAAGAUGUACCUCAAAUUCGAGAAAGAGUACGGAACAAAAGAGAGAGAAGAGAAGGUAUUGGAGAUGGCAAAGGAUUACGUUGCCAAAUUAGACAAAUAA